AUGCAAGCUGCAGUAGCAUCUAAAACAAAUAUUUCAUUAAAAGGUUCAACAGAGAUUGUAACUGAAUUUUUUUCAUAUAGUAUAAAUACAAUUCUAUUUCAAAGAGGAUUAUAUCCACCAGAAUCAUUUACAAGAGUUGCAAAAUAUGGAUUACCAAUAUUGGUAACUAAUGAUCAAUCAUUAAAAGAUUAUUUAGAUAAUGUAUUAAAACAAUUAUCAGAAUGGUUAUUAAGUGGUGAUGUUCAAAAAUUGGUUUUAGUAAUCACUGAUAUCGUUACAAAAGAGGUUUUAGAAAGAUGGGUAUUCGAUGUUACAACUGAUAUUCCAAAAGAAGGAGAAGCACCAAGACAAAAACCAGAAAAAGAGAUAAUGAAUGAAAUUCAAGCAAUUAUUAGACAAAUUACAGCAAGUGUUACAUUUUUACCACUUUUACCAAAUGCAUGUACAUUUGAUUUAUUAGUAUAUACAAGUAAAGAUUUAGCAGUACCUCAAAAAUGGGAAGAAUCUGAUCCAAAAUUCAUAACAAAUUCACAACAAGUUAAACUUAGAUCUUUUACAACAACAAUUCAUAAAGUUGAAAGUAUGGUUGCCUAUAAAAUUUCAAAUGAUUAA